CUAGCUUGCUCGCUCGCUCGCCGGCUCGCCCUCCUCCUCCGCCUCCUCGGCUCCUCCGUCCCCACCGCUCCCUCCACCUACAAGGGCGGCUCGGCUCCCGCUCCUCGCCGGCGCCGCUGCCUCCCCACGGAUUGGCUCGCGCCUCGCCUCCCAAUCAGUCGUCAGAUUGAUAUGGGGAACACAACUCUCACUGACAUGACUCUCCUGCCCGGUGUAGAGCCGAUGGCGGAAGUGGCCGCCUCCUCCUCCCCGGGCCAGGAGACCAAGGUCAAGAAGACGACCAUGAAGUCCCUCUACCUCAAGUUCUUCGAGACUGCUCCCGAUGGCAAGUCCCGCAUCUGCAGGCUCUGCAGGAAGAGCUACUUCAUGACCACCGCAACUGGGAAUCUGGGAAAGCAUCUUAAUAACCGCCAUCCUGGUUAUCACCAACUUCCUGAGGGCAUCAGCUUCACUGCCCAGAGUACCAUACAGGCCAGCAUGUUUGCUAGAAACAAGAAACCUCAUGUUCCAGUGCGAGCUCGGGCCCAAGCUCAGCCUCAAGUUCAAGCUCAAUCCCAAGUUCAAGUUCAAGCUCAAGCUCAAGCUAAAGUUCAUGCUCAACCUAAGACGAAACCGACGAUGGAUAUUGAUCAUGUCAACUGGUUACUUCUUAGGUGGCUGAUCAGCUCCUCCCUUCCACCUUCCAUCAUGGAAGAUAAUACACUUAUCGACAGUUGCAAGUACCUGAGCACGUCUGUCAGGCUUUGGCCAAAAGAAAAGGUUCAAGAAAUUAUCCUUGAAGUGUUCAGAAGUAUGAAGGAGGAUGUUAAGGCAUCCCUGCAGUGUAUCAAUUCUCGGCUUUCUGUUACUCUUGACUUUUGGACUUCUUGCGAGCAAAUUGUAUACAUAUCUGUGAAGUGCCAUUGGAUUGAUGAAAACUGGAUCUCGCAGAAAGUUCUACUUGACGUUUGCCGUGUUCCAUACCCAUGCACUGGCUCCGAGAUUUUGCAAGUUCUAAUGAAUGUCUUGCUGGCAUUUAACAUUGAUUCAAAAAUUCUUGCUUGCACACACAAUAACAGCGAGCAUGCAAUAAAUGCUUGUCAUGAGCUCAGACAGGAGCUUGAGUCCCGUACCCUCCCCUUCUGUUACAUCCCCUGUGCUGCUCGGACACUCAAGGUUAUCAUUGAAGAUGGCCUGGAAAAUGUCAGACCAAUUUUGUCCAAGAUCCGUGAGUUUAUUCUUGAAACCAAUUCAAACCAGGAGAUGAUGGAGGAUUUUAAGCACUGGGCCGAAGUUUAUCAAGAAGGCUCAUGGAAACUCCCCUUCGACUAUUCAUCGAAUUGGAAUGGUGAUUAUAGUAUGCUUGAUGUAGUAAAGAAGGCCCCUAACGCAAUGGAUAACACCAUCAAGAAGGUUGAAGAGAUCUUUGGACCAAGGAAUUGGGUUCUGAGUACAGCAGAGAAGUCAGUAAUCGAUUCUUUGCACUCGUACCUUGAGCCUUUCUAUAAAACCACCACCAACCUCUGUAAUUGCAAACUUCCAACUGUUGGGCUGAUCUUCUUCUUCAUGGACCAUGUCUUUGAGUUGAUCAAUGUGUGCCAUGAUAGCAGCCACCAAGAAUGGCUCAAGAACAUUGCCAGUGACAUGUCCAAGGCAGCUCAAAGCUUCACAUCUCAAGCUUACAACAUGUACACCUUCACAGCUGCAAUUCUUGAUCCGAGGAUCAAGGGAGAGCUUAUCCCUGAAACCCUGAACUCCGCGAGAAACUUGGAAGAUGCAAGGAACAAUUUUGUCAGGGACUACAGCAGCACCUUCCAAGUUGUUGGAAAUGGCCAUAUCACUCAGGACACCACAGAGGAUGCGGGUGCAUUCUCCUUUGCUGAAGAGAUUGUUCGUAAGCGGCGUCGAGUGAGCAUGAGUAAUGCUGCUGAUGAGCUCUCUCAGUAUCUUGCAGAGCCCCCUGCGCCUAUUUCCACUGAUGCUCUUGAAUGGUGGCGGGGGCAUUCCUCCCGCUACCCACGGCUCUCUUUGAUGGCCCGAGAUUUUUUGGCGAUUCAGGGGACCUCAUUGGAUCCUGAAGAAUUGUUCACAAGCAAAGGGGACAACAUCCAAAAGCAGCAGUACUGCCUUCCUCUUAGUAGCAUGCAGGCUACAAUGUGCAUAAAAUCAUGGAUGCAAAGUGGGUAUCAGUUCAAUUUUCAGUCAACCACCAUAGAUUUCGAGAGAUUGGUCGAAUCUGCUACUGCUCCUGAUGAUAUUGAUGGUUCUCUUCAUAACUAAAUGGUCAGCAGCUAAGGAUGCUAGAAUAGUAUCUUUGGUUUCUGUUAUUUAUUUUUUUCUGUUUUGUUUUAGAUGCUCAUGUAAAUAGUUCUUUGAACAUGUGAAUGUUGGAUUCUAGUGGUCUCUUGCAAAAUCCCAGACUGAGAAUCAUGGCAAGCAGCUUGUGCUUGCAUAAUUAAGACAGUUCAGAAUCAUGAAUUCAAUGUAAUUGUGAACAACCCUGCACCUGCAGACUGUGUUUGUUUCUCGUGAAGAUGCCAUGCCUUAACACCAAAAGGCAAUUCUUC